AUGAUCUACACUACGUGUACCUAUACUGGGAUGGGAAAUUUGGAUGGAAAAACUGUCAUCAUCACAGGAGCUAAUAAAGGUAUUGGUUAUGAAACUGCCCUGGACCUAGCCAAACGACAGGCCCGAGUCAUCAUGGCCUGUAGGGAUGUGCCUCAUGCAGAGAGCAUGGCCACUCACAUCAAAUUGCAAUCAGGGAAUGAGAAUGUUUUUGUGAGGAAACUUGAUUUGUCUUCGCUGGAAAGUGUUCGAGAGUUUGCGAAGAAGUUUCUACUGGAGGAGCAAAGAUUGGAUAUUCUUAUAAACAAUGCUGGAAUGCCAACUUAUACUCCACGCAAAACAAUUGAGGGCUUUGAAGUUGUUUUCGUUACUAAUUACCUCGGCCAUUUCCUCCUGACUAAACUAUUGCUUGAUCUCCUAAUGAAAAGUGCCCCUAGCAGAAUAAUCAACGUAUCAUCGCUGGCCCACAAAAUGGUUAGGACAAUUGAUUUGGAGGAUUUGAACUGUGAGAAAACGACGACAACAAUAAGUUUGUAUGGAAGGUCAAAGGCUUUGCAGAUUUUGUUUACCAAAGAAUUAUCAAGACAAUUAGAUGGAAUUGGUGUGACAGUGAACUGCCUGCACCCGGGUUCGAUCGCAUCUUCAUUCUAUCACAAACUACCUCAGCCCUUCUACACUCUUGCUUGGAUUGCUGACACUGUUAAGCUGCUUAAGACGCCCAAGCAAGGGGCUCAGACGACAAUCUACGCAGCUGUGGAUGAGAGCUUCGAAAGCAUCAGCGGUCAGUACCUGGACAGCUGCCAGAUAGCCACGCCUUCCAAUCUCAUGACUGACGCCGAGCUGGCUAAGAAAGUUUUUGAAAUUAGCGAAAGCUACGUAGCUCUCUACUUAUGAAUGGGUUAAUGAAUGAUUGAAUGAAUGUAUUAAUUAAUGAAUGAGUGAGUGAGUGAGUGAGUGAAUGAUUGAAUGAAUGAAUGAAUGGGUGAAAAUGAAUGAAUGAUGAUGAUGUAGAUGACUGAGAGAUAACGAUGACCUCCCAAUUUUUUAUCAAAAAAUAAUAGCUCGAUUAAUUACCUUAACGAUGUUGAUGAUGAUGGCUAAGAUGAUGAUGAUGAUGCUGAUGGUGGUGAUGGUAAUGAUGAUUAUCAGGUGGUGAUGAUGAUGACGAUGACGAUGAAGAUGGUGAUGACGAGUGUUUUGAAUGGGGACGUGUGGUACUAUCAAUUUAAAUGCUUCCCGCUUUUGAAUAAUUAAGCUGGAAUUUUAAACACCGCUAAUAUACUUUUAUGUUUCCGGAUAUGUGCGAAUGUGUGUGCGUGCGUGUAUAUGUGUGUGUGUGCGUGUAUGUGUGUGUGUG